AUGAAUUGCAUCUGCAAUUGCAUAUUAGGACUGCUAAACACCGCAUUGCUCUCAUUAGGCAUAUGCAUAUUAGCUUCCGGCGCCUACCUGAGCGUCAAAGACACCGACGACUGCGGCAAAGCUUUAACCGAUCCGCUUCUGGUGAUCGGCAGCCUUCUGCUGCUACUUUCGAUCAUAGGUCUAAUGGCAACCGCAUGCAGCAGCAGCAUCAUCAUGUGCGUUUACUUGAUCCUCUUGUCCAUCCUGAUAGUCGGCGUCUUCGGCUUCACCAUCUUUGUCUUCUCCGUCACCAACAAAGCCGUCGGCCAAGUCUACGACCAUGGUGAGAAGUUGGUGCAGACGAAGAAGCCGUCGGGGUUGUCGAACUGGUUGGACAACAAAGUGAACAAUGAGGAAAACUGGAAGAAGAUAAAGAGCUGCCUCAUCAAUUCUGGGGUUUGCACCGCCGAGGAACACACCGUUGAGGCUCAUUUUAGUUUUAUGAUGUUUGUCAACAAGACCUUCCCUACGGCGGCCAACGGUAGCCUCACCACAUUGAAGGCCGGAUGUUGCAAGCCGCCGAAUGUAUGCGGGUUCACGAAGAAGAGCGAUACAUACUGGGAAAUCCCGAAAAAGGGAGCAUUGGCGAAUUCGAACAACGAAGACUGCCCGAAGUGGAACAACGAAGAAAGGAAGCUCUGCUUCGACUGCCAUACUUGCAAAGGAGGAGUUAUCAACAACCUUGCCAAGGAAUGGAGGCUAUUGGCACAGUUCAAUAUGAUACUUUUAUUAGUCUUAACUUUCAUUUAUAUUCUUGGCUGUUGUGCUUUUUGCUUCUAAUAGU